AGGAGACCACCAGGAGAUCCCAGCGCUGCCUCUUUUGCUCUGGUUCAGUCGCUAACUCGCAUCUGACCCUUGCAGGGUCACAACAUGAGCCCAUGCAGGUGGUCCUCCACUUAUGGCCACAAUGGACCUCAAAAUUUUAUGUUGCUAAGCGAGACACGAGUUUUUUUCCCCGUUUUACAGCCUUCCCUGCCCCGGUUGUUAAGUGAAUCACUGCAAAUCAUUAAGUUAGUAACACGGUCGCUAAGUGAACCGGGUUCCCCUCUUGGUUUUGUAUGUCGGAAGGUCGCAAAAGAGGAUCAGAUCACAUGAAAGGCCUGAAAGCCCCUUCUAUGAAAAGACGGCUGGCAUGCAGCUUGAAACUCCGCCUGUAUUGCUCCCCUGUGACAAAAGAAUUGCUACUGUCCAGCCCGCGAUACACAUUCUGGGAAAAUUACAUUGUCACCCUGGAAGUUGAAACACCGACUCAAAUUUCUCUCAUUGAGGAAACAUCAGGAGAGAAAGAAGAUCUAGAGGUCACACUUCUGCCAGCCGGCCAUUGCCCAGGAUCAGUUAUGUUUCUCUUCCAAGGGGAAAAUGGGACUGUCUUGUACACGGGGGAUUUCCGACUCGCCAGAGGAGAAGUGGCCCGAAUGGAACUUCUGCAUUCAGGAAGCAGAGUGAAGGACAUCCAGAGUGUCUAUUUAGACACCACGUUCUUUGAUCGCAAAUAUUAUCAAAUACCAAGCCGGGAAGACUGUAUGAAGGGGCUGAUGGAAUUAGUCCGAAGCUGGGUGGUCCAGAGUCCCUAUCACAUGGUCUGGUUGAAUUGCAAAGCGGCUUAUGGAUAUGAGUAUUUAUUCACAAAUCUCAGCGAAGAGCUUGGGAUCAAGGUGCAUGUGAACAAGUUGGACAUGUUUAAAAACAUGCCGGAAAUUCUCUACCAUGUUACCACCAAUCGGCGUACCCAGAUUCACGCAUGUCGCCAUCCGAGGGAUUACGAAAUGUACCGCGGGAACAGACUGCCGUGUGGAAUGACUUCCCAGAACGGACAUGAGUUGCGUGUUAUCAGUGUCAAGCCAUCCACCAUGUGGUUUGGAGAGAGGACACGGAAAAGCAACGUGAUCAUGAGGGCCGGAAUGAGUUCCUACAGAGCUUGCUUCUCGUUUCACUCUUCUUAUUGCGAGAUCCAAGAUUUCUUGAGCUACAUUUGCCCGGUGAAUGUCUACCCCAACGUGAUUCCAAUGGGGUCAACCAAGGACAAAGUGGAAGAAAACCUGAAGCCAUUCUGCAGGAAGUACAGGCCAAAUAACCGGCCAACUUAUAAACCUCUCGGCCUGCUGAAGAGACCGAGAGCCUUGGAGCUUCUGGACACCAAUGGUGGUAGUGAUGAUGACGACGAUCUCUUUGACUCUGGACUGAUUCCCACAAAUUGCAAGGUUCCAAAACAACUGCCAGAGAUCAGCCCCGGGGAGAGCAAGCCUCUUUCCCCAAAUCGCGAAGAAGACCCCGGUUGUAAGGCCUCUCCGGUGCCUACCUCUUUGCAGGUUAAUUUUGUGGAGUGCGAAGAAUCGAAUGGUGAGGAGGAGGAGGAAGAGGAGGAGGAGGAAGAACAAGCUGAGAAGGAGACGGCUCUUCCUGGAACUCCAUCACCGGGGACAGACUUGGUUGAAGAUUUGCAGCCCCACAACAAUCUUGUGGGUUCAACAAGUCUCGGGAAGCCCAAUGAAGACCAACCGCAAGCUAACUCGGAAGUGCCAAAGUGGGAAAGUUUCUUUAGACGUCCUUCAGAAGACCCCGAGACGUCUGACCACGAGGGCCACCUGCCUUGCACAGGCUCAACCGAGACGCCUUCUCCCGGUGGCCCCUUCAACGAUGAGGAUCUGAGCGACUCGACUCACAUCUCUUCUCAGGAUUCCUCUCAGUCCACCCACAUCUCUGAGCAGGGCAGCCAAGGGUGGGACAGCCAAGCCGACACCGUCCUCGUUUCCUCCCAGGAGCGAAGGAAUUUCAUGGAGUUCAGCCCUUCCAAGGGAAGGACUGAAAGGAUGGCCGCCUGCCUACCUCAUCUCCCUGCAGGAGAGAAAAAAACGGACUUGCCAAACAGCUGGCAAGCUUUAGAUCGGGGUGCCUCUUCCGCAGAGCACGUUCCCUUGGAAGGCAGAGGCAGAGGUUGGGGCGCAGGGGCAGCUCCCAAUCAAAGCGAACCAAUAGAGGAGAGGACCGAGCCAGAAGGGAGGCCAGAGGUCAGGCCACUCAGCCCAGAGGUCCAAACGGUUGACUCUCAGAGCUCUUCGGAUUUUGAAGUGCCGCCUACUCCCGGGGCCGAGAUUCCCAAACCUCAGCAACUCUGCAGUCUCUACCAAAAGCUGGCAGCUGGAGAAAAUCUCCACUGACCGGGAGGGAGCAGCCAGAUCCAGAAGCUUCUGCCUCCCUAAAUAGCUUUACAAUGAUGUUUUAAAUGUUUUAUAUAUAUAUAUAUAUAUGUUUUUGUAUUUUGUAAAAAAUGUAAUACAAAAUGUUUUUGUAUUUUGUACAUAUAAACUUUGUGUGUGUGUGUGUGUGUGUAGAUUCAUGUGUAUCCUUAUAUAUAUGUGUGUGUGUGUACGUGUGUGUGUGUACAUGUAUAUACAUACCGUAUUUUUCGGAGUAUGAUGCAUUUUUCCCCCUUAAGAGGGUGAAAAUUUGGGUGCGUUUUAUACACCGAAUGUCGCCCCCCCCCCGCUUUGCCCUUUGCUUCCUAGCAAUUUUACCUCCUAACAGCAAACAGCCCAUUUCAGCUUCAGCACAGCCUGAUUAGCACAAGCAGCUGAUUGUCGGUUGGAUUGGCAGACCAUCAGCUGUUUCAGGCUGCAGGGAUUGCUAUUGCCGCCUCCGUGGUCCCCAUUUUCAGCCUUGGCUGCUUGCUGCAAGGAGGCAAAUUGCUGGGAGGCAGCGGCAGAUUUUUUUCUUCUUGUUUUUCUCUCCAAAAAAGGUAGGUGCGUCUUAUACUCCAAAAAAUACGGUAUAUAGACAUAUAUACACACAUACACACGUUUAUAUGUACAAAAUACAAACAUUUAUGCUCUAACUGCAAACAGUAGGACUAGAGAGCAUCUGGGAGUGGGAAAAAUCCCUUUUUAAAUAAAUAACUGACAAUAAAUUAUUUAUUUAUUUAAAAAGGGAUUUCAAGCAUUUUUUCCCAUUUUUAAGCAGAUGAUGAUGAAUCUUCAGGUUGAUUCCAGGAGACAAGUUAUAGUUUCUAAUCACACAGUUUGCACAAGGACUCCGUUUUCAUGGAAGGUUUUUUUUCUCAGCCAACUGCCAUUUUUGAUGAACAAAUCAACAAAUUCUGGAAUGCAUGAACGAUGGUAGUCCCACCGGUGUUUUGCCAUAGUAAUGAAGCGUUGCCCGGCCAUAAAUACUGGAGCACACCUUCCUUUUCCAUUAAAAAAAAACCUGAUGUCCGUAUUCCCACACAGAAAUGUUGGCUUUUCACAUUAUUCAUGAUGAACUACCUCUAACGCUGUGUGAUUAAAACCUGCCUCCCUAAAUAUUGAUUUGUGCCCAAUAUUUAGGUCCUAGCUUUUGGAAAAACUGGCCGCAGGUGCAUAAAAUGUCACCUUUUUCAUAUUGUUUACAGUUAGCAUUGAAAAGGGGGGGAAAGUGCCUGGGCAAUCAUUCAGUUACAGGGUCUGCCCGCUUAGGGAUUCUGAAAGCCAAGUGUAUCCAUCCAACGAUGAAACGGGCAUCCUCUGGGGUUCCAAAUUAAGUUCUUAUGAUGGUCUCGUUCUUCAGACAGACCCACCGGGAGUUGAUGUGAAGCACUGGGGCAUUCGUUCCAAGUAAAGACAUGGAAGCCCAGGGGACAUUUAUGUCACUCCAUCCUUCCGUUGUGAUAGAAUAAGCAUCAUUUCAGAGGUUUUUCAUACCUUUCCUGCAGAGUUUGGAGCCCACCAGCCUGUGGCUCGAGACCAACCAAUGUUACUAGCCUCAAACUUAUUCUUUUAGCAGUGUGAAGUUGGCAAAAGUCAAUAUUUUAUCAAAGUUAUUAUUGUUAUUCAAUAGCCCACUAUGGAUCUGGAAGUUUAGUUCUACCGGGUCUUAUUAGAUUGGUUUUAACAUAUUUAAAUCAUCCACAGCUGUUGGCCUGUAGCUUUCGGAUCCUGACUUCAGGAUGAAUCAUGAAGGUUCCUCUUCAUAAGUAACCCCUGGCCUAUUGCCUUCACCCCAAAAUCGCCACGCUCAAGGCCUUUGACCGGAGUUCCUUGACCUGCAAGCAGCAGGUCAAGGAACUGCUCUUGGCACAUAAUGGGUGCCGUUUUCCAGUAUUCUUAGCUCAUAAGAACAGCUCUGGCUCCCUUCCCUGAGAAGAGGAAGUGCUUGAAGAAUGUCACUCUGGUUUUUCAAGUUUUCCCUCUGCUUUACUAACGGACCAGGUGAUCAUUCCACCUGCGAUAGGUGGAACCUCUUUUGUGUUUUUCUUCUGUGGCUUCUAGCACACGCUCCCAAGUUUUGUUUCUCCUGGCUUUAAAUCGCCACACUGGACUUGGCGUCGAACUUCUCUGUCAGCCAAUGUUAAUGGAGGCGUGACUGACGGCUGCCAAAUUCUUUUCUACAACAUUCUAAUAAUGUUCAUAAAAGAGGUCAUUUGUUAAUAUA